AUGGAGGGAGAUUCUGUCACUUUAUACACCAAUCUUUCUGAAAUACAUAAAGGCGACAAUAUUCUGUGGAAAUUUGGAAGUGAAAAGUGCAUUUUAGCUGAAAUCAGUACAAAAUAUGGAUUUUUCUCCACAUUUGAUGGUCCUGAUGGGAGAUUCAGAGACAGACUGAAGCUGGACAAUCAAACUGGAUCUCUGAUCAUCACAAACAUCACAACUAAACAUGCUGGACUCUAUGAAGUAAAGAUAAAUGGAGUAUCAUUAAAAACAUUCAGCGUUUCUGUCUAUGAUGACUGGGAAAUGCAUACGGACAGGGAGAUGUCAGUGAUGGAGGGAGAUUCUGUCACUCUGAACACUGAUCUUACGGAAAUACAUGAAGAUGAAGACAUAGUGUGGCAAUUUGAAAAUAUCCUUGUAUCUGAAAACAAUGGAGAGGCUGGAAAUGUUACUAUAUAUGAUGUUCCUGAUGGGAGAUUCAGAGACAGACUGAAGCUGGAUCCUCAAACUGGAUCUCUGACCAUCACAAACAUCACAAACGAGCAUUCUGGACUCUAUGAAGUACAGAUUAGUGGAGCAAAAUUUUUAUCAAAAACAUUCAGCGUUUCAGUUUAUGCUCAACUGCCUGUUGCUAACAUUACCAGUGAUUGUUCGUUAUCCUCAGCCUCAAAAUGUUCAUUGUUGUGUUCAGUGGUGAAUGCGAGUCAUGCGAAUCUCUCCUGGUACAAAGGAAACAGUUUAUUGUCCAGCAUCAGUGUGUCUGAUCUCAGUAUCAGUCUCUCUCUACCUCUGGAGGUGGAAUAUCAGGAUAAAAACACCUACAGCUGUGUGAUCAACAAUCCCAUCAGCAACCAGACCACACAUCUGGACAUCAGCAAACUCUGUCACACAUGUUCAGUUCAGAGUUGUGAAGAAGAGAUCACUUACACAGAUCCAAAGUUCUACAGAAGAAAUGGACAGAAACCAAAUGUUAAAGAGGAAAGUCAUGUGGAUUAUGUACCUGUUGCCAUGAGAAGAUGA